AUGGCAGAACGUAAAGUAUUAAUUAAAUAUUAUCCCCCAGAUUUUAAUCCUGCGAAAUUAAUAAAAAAUAAACGUCCAAUAGAUAAAUAGGAUAAUGUUCGUAUGAUGCUUCCUAUGACUGUUAGAUGUAAUACAUGUGGUAAUUAUUUAUCUAUAGGAACAAAAUUUAAUAUGAGAAAAGAAACGGUUUUAAAUGAAAAUUAUUUAGGAAUAAGAAUUUAUAGAUUUUAUUUAAAAUGCACACAUUGCUAUACAGAAAUAACAUUUAAAACCGAUCCGAAAAAUCAUGAUUAUGUACUAGAAUAUGGAGCAACAAGAAACUAUGAAGCAUCUAGAGAUAAUGAAAAAGCGGAAGAAACACUAAAAUAAUUAAGGGAUAAUGAUGAAGAAGGAAAUGCUAUGAGAUUUUUAGAAAAUAGAACAAUGGAUAGCAAAAGGGAAUUAUAAAUAUUAGACGCUUUAGAUGAAAUUAGACAUAAUAGCAAAAAAACACUUUAUUUGACUCCUGAAGAAUUAAUAAAAAGAAUGGUUGAAUAACAAAUAAAAAAUUAAAUUUAUGAAGAAUUAGAUGAAAAUGAAAAUCUUAAAAUGUAGGAUUUUAAAGAAAAUUUUGUUAAUUACUCAAGUGAUGAUGAUGAUAAUUGA